GUGCCGCGCGGCGCGCUGGGAGAUGUAGUCCGACUCCUCCCCGCGGCCGCCGUGGCGGCGCUCGGCGGGACUCUCUUUCCCAGCGUGCCCCGCGGCUGCGCGGAGGGCUCGGGGGAGUGGGGCUCCGGCGGUGGCGGCGGGAGCUGGGAAGGUCCUCGGAGAGCCAGGAGCCAACAAAUCAUCCCUGCACCUAAAUGAGGCAUUAAGUCUGGUCUGUUGCUAUCUGUCUAAAACUUCUCCAGGGAACAGUCCUAAUAGAAAUGGCAGAAAAGGUGAAUAACUUCCCGCCGCUCCCCAAGUUUAUCCCUCUGAAACCAUGCUUCUACCAGAACUUUGCCGAUGAAAUUCCCAUAGAUUAUCAGACUCUGGUGAAGAGAAUCUACCACGUAUGGAUCUUCUACUGCAUCACACUCGUGGCGAAUAUAAUCGCGUGCCUAGCGUGGUGGAUUGGAGGAGGCUACGGGGUCAAUUUUGGCUUGGCCAUCCUUUGGCUUGUUCUCUUCAGCCCCUGCGGCUACGUCUGCUGGUUCCGACCUGCGUACAAAGCCUUUCGGUCAGACAGCUCGUUUAAUUUUAUGGCCUUUUUCUUCAUCUUUGGCGCGCAGUUUGUUCUCACGGUCCUACAAGCAAUUGGUUUCUCUGGCUGGGGAGCAUGCGGAUGGUUGGCAGCCAUUACUUUCUUUAGCACCAAUGUUGCAGCUGCUGUGUUCAUGCUGUUUCCUGCCAUUAUGUUUACAAUGUCAGCAGUCGCAAUGCUCUUCUGCAUUUUGAGGGUACAUAAAAUCUACCGAGGGGCUGGUGGGAGCUUUCAGAAAGCUCAGGAUGAGUGGAACAGCGGCACAUGGAGGAACCCUCCCAGCAGGGAGGCCCAGUACAACAAUUUUUCUGGAAACAGCCUGCCAGAGUAUCCCACGGUGCCCAACUAUCCCCCAGGAAACCAAUGGCCUUAAGCAGCAACAGCUGCAAACUGCCUAUAUUCUCUUCUUUUUGGUCUUUUUAUUAUUGUUAUUUGAAAAGAUCAUUUGCAUUCCCACCCCCUCCCCCAGGCAUCUUGGGGACUCUCGGUUUUUUUUGUCUCCUUCUCAUCACUGCAGAAGACGUGUGCUGUCAGCCCAUGCCACCUCCAGAGCUCUGCACGGCCUUAUUGGAAAGUUUUGUUUCGUGUUCAGUUACCAGUAUUUGCCUUGUCGCAGACUGAAGAACCAACCGUUCGCUGCCCCUGCUUGAGGGGAUCCUCUCAUGAUCACGCUGAAAAAGGCUGACUUCUCCGUGAUGGUGAACACCACCAGAAUUGCUCCUUCUCCUGCCUCCCUGCUUAGCUUUCAUCAAACGCGGAGUACACCACCAAAUCGUCCGUAAUUGUAACGAACACAAUCCGAACCUCAGUAGCAACUGGUGUUUACUUUCUGGGAUGAAUAAUCUGGAAUUUUUCACUCUAAGGGAAACAUAGCACUUAAAUUAUUUGGUACCCACUGAUACUGAAGGUAUUGGUAAAAUCUACAGCCUCUUUUGUUUGUGUUCUCUGGUGACAAAUCCUUUAGGUAACAGCGCUUGCUGUGGGUGAGUGUUGUUCAGCUGUGAAGUCCAGGAGAAUCCUCAUUUGUCUGGCUAGAGCUGUCGUUGUGCUAGAAGUCUUGCUUUCCCUGCUGCCAAAAGUUUCUGCUGGAUCUGUGUGCUUCAAAGGUGCAGAUUCAUCUCAUUCAGUUGAUGCUUGCUCGCUAAAAGCCUGAUUCAAAGCCCACUGGAGCCUCUUGAAAGACUGACUGAUGCUGGGCUUUGGACCUGGCUGCCCGGGUGACGUUCACCCUUUUACAGGUAGGCAGCACGAGAUCUCUGUGCUGUUUAAAUUCCACUUACAAAGUGUCAAGAUUUUGUGCUGACCCAAGAAAUUCCCUACUGGAUACUCCUUGCCCUGUUGAAAAACCCUUUUUUCUGGGCUCCCGGACAGUGGUCAGGUGCUAGAUAACUAUCGAUUUCAGUGCUUGGUACCCAAUGUGAUUUGGGAGUAAUUCUGUUACAAUUGAUAGAUUUAAUUCUGAUUUGCAUCAAUGUGGUUAAAAUCCAAACGCUCUGAGAUGUGUUGUCUGAUAGACUAAGGAAAGCUUGUUGGUCCCGUUAACGGAUGUUCGCUGUGCAGAGCUGGUACGUGUCUGCGUAGCCAGCAGCACUUUUCUUCCGCACAGGGGCAGGGAGAGAGGUUCUCGUCUUUCCCCAAGCAUCAGUUGAAGAGAAGAUAAAGGAGGGAUUGUUUUCCCCGAGAACUAGCAUUAGUCUCGUAGCUGAUAUUCACCCUGUGCGUUUACAUCAGGACUCCUGUAGGCUGAGCCAUCCAAUUCCCCCGGGUCCUACAGCGAUCCCAGCAGUAAAGGCUGCAAUUUCUUUCAUCUCCCAAAAGAGCCUGCUGUGAUUUCCCCCCCCGUCCCCCCCCGUCCCCCAAAAUGCUGAAACUGGGAGGUCAGCUCCCAGUAUUUUUGUAGGGAGCAAGUGUUCAGACUCUUCAGCUCUGAAAACUUCAACCAGUGAUCCCCUGAAGGACCAAGUGCUCCAUUUCGGAGACUCGAAAGGCAUCGGGGCGCCCUGUGGGUGAGACCCAAAGCCUGUCCCUCCUGGCAGGAUGCGAUGCCAGAGGUGUUACAGUGUAGGGGGAAUUGCUCCAAGCUGACAUGGAGUAACUGGAAAGCAAAACUGGCUCCUGGAGAGGGUCAGGGAGGUUGUCCAAGCGAGAUGAAGUUGUUGUGCAAGUGAUCUUUUGAAAAUUGUCUCUACACGUGCCUUAUCUAAUAAAACACUAGUUCGCGAAGGAGAACUGUUCCUUCCCCAAUUUUCCCCCUACUAAACUUCCCACUUGGUCUAUUAACUUUUUCUGUGUCAUACUGUAAAUAUUCCAUGACGUUCAGCUUGGAAUCUGCAUGCCACCUUCGUUACUAGGGCCAAAGGAGACGUUCAUCGGAGCUCCGAGCCUCCUUGAACUUCGGUUUGCAAGCAGCGCUGGCACACUACUGCACGAGCAGCCUUUUGCUGGCCCCGAGAUAUUUCACGUGUUCCUAACGUGGCGGGAUUUGUCUCGCGAGUGUGCAACGUGCUUGUAAGCACAGACGCUUGAAGCCUUCUUAACAGCGUACGACCCGGUUGCGUCGUCGAGCUUUUUAGGUGCCUUUGUCUUGUGUCAAGCGUAAUUUGUAAGUGUUCUUUGUCGCUUGCCGUCACAGAGUGAUGGAAGAACCGCCUGUCGAUUGACUCCCUGGAAAUACGAUUGCACGAGGGGGGAGCGAGGUGUCACUACCGGUGUCUCAAUCCAGCAGGGCCAAACUCGAGCUUGGCCGUGCUCAGAAGCCAGAUCUUGGUGUCCCUCCCUAAGAGGCUCCCUCCAGCCCUGUCCCUCCAUGCUCUGGCCAUCCUCAGCCUCUUGCCAAAAUUUCCCCAAAGUCAUUGGUGUCUUUUUUUUAGUCAGGCCAGAGUUUUCAAAGGAGCUGACAGGAGAAGCGUGGCCACAGGACUCAGCAUCCCGCUUCUCUUAUUCCUCUUUGCUGGUCCAGGGCUGCGUUUUGAAGGACCUGUCUUCAGUCGCGCGGAAAACGCUUGACGUAGAGAAGGGCAAACUGAAAAGGCUGGAGCCAGACACCAAAUCCAGGACCCAUCAGCACCCUCUGCCAAGAUUUCUAAAGAACUUCGGUGAACCUCUCCGGUCAGAUCUGCUGUUUCUCAUAACUCAUCACCCCCCCUCCCCAAUCCUCUUAGACGCCAAAAACCGUAAUUCCAGAGAGUUGACUCAACAUGCUGCCUGAAUGGCCGUGGCUUAUUUUUUUGGACUCCUCUGUAUGUUUUCAAAUGUUUACAUUAGAUUUCUAAGACUCCUAACACCAUUAAUCCGGACCUGGCUCCCGGUUUUGUUGGGCAUCAUGUGGUGUAUGUGUGCGCGAUGUUUCGUGUCGCUUGCGGGGCUCUGUCUUUCUGUGUUUUGUGGUUUUUCUCCUGAUCACAAGACAAAUAAAUGCUCAUCCUGUGCUCGAUGAGAAGAACUGGC